UCAAAUACGUGGAGAUAAAAGCAGAAUCUUCAGAAGGGUCUGUGAGGUGACACACAAGCAGCACUGAUCCCCGUGACUGUGCCAGUGCUGCUCUGCACCUCUGCAGGGACACCAGCCCUGCCCCGGCCCUGGGCUCAGUCAGGCUAACAGCAGCCCCUGAACUGUUGUUUCAUGGUUAAGACCAGGAACCAGCUUUUGUAGGAGCCAGGACACGGUGCCCACACGCCACCUUGGGGAGUCCUGUAGGAUUUGUGUCAGCGGCCCAGGAAAAGGCACAUCCUGCUGGAGAGAUUCGGUGAGACACAUUGUGAGUUUUUUAAAAGACAACCCUGGAGCCAUCAGAGGAGGAUGCAUUUGACCACUUGCCGUGGAUGGAAAAGCCUUGUAUCAACAUCUCCGAGGGCCUGAGCUCAGAGGAUGCGCUGCCCUCACCCAGCGUGGGGCUGCCCAGCGCCCAGAACCCCCAGCAGCCGCCCGGAGACGCCUACGUGACCCACACGGGACCGCUGGUGCGGCGGCUGCGGCAGCAGGAGUGGCCGGGCAGGGCUGGGCUGGCCUCGGCCCCGACCCCGACCCCGACCCCGACCCCGACCCCGACCCCGACCCCGGGCCGGCCCCGCUCGCAGCCCAGCCCCGCACCGGGCCAGGAGAAUCCCCCGGGAGCUGCCGAGGCCCAGCGCCCCUCGGCACCGCCGGGCGUGUGCCACAUGGUUAUUUUUGCGAGAAAACCUCCCUCGGCCGCGCUGCCCCGGAGCAACAGGGCGCGCUCCAGCCAGGGGGAAUGACCCGGCUGCCGCUGAAGCCACGGAGAGGAAGAAGAUGCUCCUGAGUGUUUUCCAGACUCCAUUAAACUUCCCCUGCAAGCA